CCUAAAGUGUUAAACUACGUGCAAAGAUGUGUACAGUCGGAAAUGGCGCCACGCGACAGCGCAUGCCACCCCAAGCUUUGUAAUGAUCCACCCUACGAAACUCAAACUCAGUUGACCCAAUUCGUACACAUUCUCGAUUCUGGAUUACUUGGAGUGAGUGAUCGUCUAUCGCAACUCUUCACUGAACAUAGACCUCGGAAGAAGAGGGGUUGCAAGGCAGACACAAUGUUCGCAUCACACUACUGAGCGAGAAUUUUGGAAAAGCUAUAGAAUUCCUGCUUAAAGAAUGCUUUUGGGCGCAAUUUAGUCUAUAUCUGGAUUAUUCCAACAAAUUUUGACUUCCCAAAGAUGUGAAGAAACCAUGCAUGUGGAGGUAGUUGGGACACUGAAAAGUCUCAGAGACGAGAAAAUGGCAAUAGGCUGUUGCACAAAGGUUUGAUCUCUUAAGCUCUUUUUCCCUUCUGGAGUAAAGGUACAAGGAGCUAGUCUCUCAUCCGCUUCGUAGGACAACCAAUGCGAGCAUGCCAGAUGCAAGCGAUAGUGAUCCUCAAAUGGUCUUCGCCGAAUGACAGCAGUGUGUUGGGUCCUCUAUCAAAGUAAAGGCUUUAAUCACUCCCGUGCUUCUCUGACAUUUAAAUGUCCGGGAGGAAUUGAGGAUAACUGAAUUGCCUCAAUCGGGAGGAUAUAGCUUUUUUUGUUCUGUGCGUAUAUAGCUUCGUACUAACUGCUGUGCUUGCCACUAGUGGCUGUAAUUUUUUCAGUCCACUGUAGACGUUAAACUGGCAGUUUCGAAAAGACGUGAACAUAGUCACAGGCUGUGUUAGAAUGUAUCAUGGUGUAUGGUUGGUUUGUGGAAACGGAAGGGGAUAGGAAAACGAGGAAAUGAAGCAAGAGAGGUUCGAGUCUGUUACAGUCCUGUAAAUAUAUUUAGUACUUCGGUAAUAAUCGCAGAAAACCCAAGUGUAGGUACGUAAGGGAGAAUCAACAGAUGGAGGGAACGAGAUGGAAGGAUUUAGGUUUUCCUUGCCCACCGCCAGAUUCUCUGUGAUUUUGCACCGAUGGCAGAUUUUGUUGAAAGAAAACAAUCUCCCUGAACUUGUAGUUGGAAUGAUCCACAUGAGUUGACCCAAGAGCGCAGUGUUUCAUACAAUGCAUGCAUUCUAUGCAAACAGCUUUUCGAAAGCCAGGUAGCAAUUGGAACAGAAGUAUUCUUCAAACUUUGAUGCUACAAAUGUUCGGUCUCUGCUAAAUUUGGACGGAUUUAUGUGGACACUCACAAAAUGUAUUCGUCGAGCGUAGAUCAAUACUAUCCUGAGUCCACGAACACGUACACGCCCGAAGGUAACUCAGCGGGUCUGACCACUCUCAGCAAUGGAAACGAAUACACGUUCGUGAUCACCGGCAAAAUCAUGGUGGUUGCCAUCGUGGUGUUCUUCAUCGUCGUUCUCUUUGUGAUUUGCCUGCACAUGUAUGCAGAAUGGAUCUUUAAUGAUACCCUAGAUGUUUCUCAAGGAGGAGGGACUCCAGCACCAUUCUUUUCCUUCUGGGCAAGGAGGCAUGGCAACUCCGCUGACGGUCAAGUUGUCGUCAAUGGCGACGAGCUCGAAAUCCAUGCAGUAGCGGGCCUUGAUAAGUCGGUAUUAGAAGCUCUUUCGACAUUCAGGUACAAAAUUGUGGAGCAGUCGGCUUCGAGUGCCACUGGCAUUCAGGAAUGUGCCAUAUGCUUGGUGAAUUUUGAAGAGGACGACUUGGGCCGCAGCUUGCCCAGGUGCGGCCACAGCUUUCACCUCCAGUGCAUCGACAUGUGGUUGGAUUCGCACACCACUUGUCCCUUGUGCAGAGUAGAAUUAGAACCUGAUGAAGAAUUGGAGUCGCAGCAAGCGGAUUCCGAAACGACGGGCAUUUCAGAGUUUCAUGUGGAGUCUUUGGUGGCUUCGAGAAGAUUGCAACGUGGAGAAUUAUUUGAACAAAAUAUUCCCACGCAAGCAGUCCGAAGCUAUCAGAUGAACGAGCGCUCGAGUGCGGAGCAAUUGCCCGAAACCGUGGAAGAUUUGCAACUUGUUCAAAUAGCUCAAGGUCAAGAAGCAGACAAAAGAAUAGAUUUAACCCCGUCCGACACGCAUCAGCAACUGAACGAGGAUCCCACACUCUCCGCUGCGCUGAAAGCCAGCUCCUCACAAGUGACAAUCGACAUUAAUAGCCCUCCUGCGACAUAUCAACAUGUUCAAGCGCAGCAGCACGCUCCAAGCGAUGGUAUGCCAAAUUCUUCACCUCCUUCGUCGCCACUCUUCGUCCCAGUCAUUUGUCCCAUGUUUCGCACUGUCUCCAGUUUCCUCCGCCUUCCAAGUCGAGGCGGUCUGCUUCCAGCAUCAACUGCAACAGCAGAUACACUUGUGCAUAUUCAACCAAACCCUCUCCAUAGCCAGCAACAUUGAUCUUUGAAACAACUCUCAUUCAAGGCUGUUCGGACACCCACCAGCACGCCGCAGCAGCCACGGUGUGGAAAAGAAGGAUGCUAUCUAUCUCACUCCUGACUGCACUUCUUCACAGACGUUUGCAGAGUUUCUCUCAUACUGACCUCAGUCUGUAAUGGUAGAUUUCAUGAGGUGCAGGAGCUUCAUAGAAUCAAUUCAUGCUGUCCCCAGUCUGGCAUCCUGCAAUAUUUUAUCACGAUGUUGUAAACAAAAUCUUCACACUGCUGUAUAUACUCAUUCUAUCCAUUAUAAAUUGAAUUCUCUCAACAAUGAUGCAUGAACA